UCAACCCUUCCAUCUCUUCGAGAUCGGGAUCUUGUCCUUCGUCGUUCUUCUCAUUUGGAUUUCUAGGGUUUCCAAUCCUCGCUCUUCUCCUGCGAUCCCAUCUCCGUCUCUCUCGCUGAUCGUCGGAGGGAUUCGAUACUCCAAUCGCCGAGAAAAUGUACGGAUUCGAAGCUAUGACCUUCAACAUCCAUGGCGGGUACCUGGAGGCGAUCGUGCGAGGUCACCGCUCCGGCCUGCUGUCGGCCGCGGACUACAACAACCUCUGCCAAUGCGAGACGCUCGACGACAUCAAGAUGCACCUCUCCGCCACCGAGUACGGGCCCUAUCUCCAGAACGAGCCCUCUCCUUUGCAUACAACAACGAUUGUGGAGAAAUGUACUCAGAAGCUCGUUGAUGAGUACAAGCAUAUGUUGUGCCAGGCCACCGAGCCCUUGUCUACUUUCUUGGAGUAUAUAACGUAUGGUCACAUGAUUGAUAAUGUGGUGCUUAUUGUUACUGGAACAUUGCAUGAGAGAGAUGUGCAAGAACUUUUGGAGAAGUGCCACCCCUUGGGUAUGUUUGACAGUAUUGCUACACUUGCUGUUGCUCAGAACAUGCGUGAGCUGUAUCGUUUGGUUCUUGUUGAUACCCCAUUAGCUCCGUAUUUCUCUGAGUGCAUAACUUCCGAGGAUUUGGACGACAUUAACAUUGAAAUCAUGAGGAACACUCUGUACAAGGCAUACCUUGAAGACUUCUACAAAUUCUGCCAGAAAAUAGGAGGAGCAACUGCUGAAAUAAUGUCUGACCUCCUAGCCUUUGAAGCUGACAGAAGAGCUGUUAACAUUACCAUAAACAGUAUUGGCACUGAGUUGACUCGGGAUGACCGGAGGAAGCUUUAUUCUAGUUUUGGUUUACUAUAUCCUUAUGGCCACGAGGAACUUGUUGUCUGUGAAGAUAUUGACCAGGUUCGUGGUGUAAUGGAGAAAUAUCCCCCAUAUCAGGCAAUUUUUGCUAAGAUAUCCUAUGGAGAAAGCCAGAUGCUGGACAAAGCCUUCUAUGAAGAGGAAGUGAAAAGGCUUUGUUUGGCAUUUGAACAGCAGUUCCACUAUGCUGUUUUCUUUGCAUACAUGAGACUGAGGGAACAAGAGAUCAGGAACCUGAUGUGGAUCUCAGAAUGUGUGGCACAGAACCAGAAGUCCCGAGUUCAUGACAGUGUGGUCUUCAUCUUCUGAGCUGGAAUCAGGAACAGAGAAUUAAAUUUGGACAUCUAGUCCAUACAUUGUCUGUUUUUCCUUAUUUUUUUGGCCAUGGUUGAGUUGCAGAUUCCAUAGCUGUUUUGCUCAAUCUAAUUUAUAUACUGUUGCAGAUUGAGCAAGCAAAUAAAGCGCACCUUGUGAUGUAUAUUUCCAAAGAAGCUACUUAGCGUGACCAGCUAUGAAUUGGUUUCGUCUCUCAUUUGUUGUUGGAGACUAAAUGGCAUGUAUCUUAUUAUUUAUUAUCUGAAAGGUGUUGCUUUGGAUUUAA